CAUCACGUGGAGACAUCAUGGAUGCGUUUGAGUUUGCCAAAAAGAGGAAAUGCUGUCCCGACAGUAGGAGACACCCCGCAGCUCAACUGACAGCUCCGUUCAGUCGUUUCUCCGCAGCGUGUGCGUUUGUGUGUGCGUGUACCUGCUCACGGUCUGCAGCAUGUUCGUGUUGGUGGAGAUGGUCGACACUGUCAGGAUCCUUCCGUGGAACUUCCAGAGACAACUCAACGAGGCCAUAGUGGAGGAGCUGAACAAGAAACUGGCCAACAAGGUGGUCUUCAACGUCGGCCUGUGCAUCUGCUUGUUCGACAUCACUAAACUGGAGGACUCCUAUAUAUUCCCCGGGGACGGAGCCUCACACACUAAAGUUCAUUUCAGGUACGUUGUCUUUCACCCUUUUCUCGAUGAGAUCCUGCUCGGCAAGAUCAAGUACUGCAGUCAAGAGGGAGUUCACGUGACGAUGGGCUUCUUUGACGACAUUCUCAUUCCACCAGAGUCUCUUCAGCAGCCCGCCAAAUUCGAUGAAGCGGAGCAGGUCUGGCUCUGGGAAUACGAGACGGACGAGGGGGCCCACGACCUCUACAUGGACCAAGGGGAGGAGAUCCGUUUUCGGGUGACGGAUGAAGUCUUUGUAGACACCUCGCCGACGGGCCCGGCCGCCGCAGCGACGGAAACGCCGGCACAACCGGGACAGUCGACGGCUCCGCCAGCGGAGGCCACCGAGGAGAAGAAAGAGUCACCGUACACUCUGAUUGGGACCAUCUGCGACCCGGGGCUGGGGCUGCUGUCGUGGUGGAACAGUUAGCACUGCAGCGGAGGAAGGAGGACAUUUGGUGGUUACGAACAGCUCGGUCAGCGUGACCGAUCGGAGAGGCGGAGGACGGCCGGCUGGAGACCCAGAAACCACUGGUUUGGAUACAGAAGUGGAGGCAUCAAAGUGGAGCUCUCUGAACCAAGAUGCUGUUGGUGUAAAGUGACUGAUGUGCUCCGCCACGUUGAGACUUGAUUGUGUUGUAAAUAAUGCCCUGAACAUACCAGCUCCGUGUCGACAUGUGAAGUUGACCGUGUAUUUCAAAACGGAAUCAUUUGAUUGACAUUUAUGCUCAUUUCGUGUAUUUCACAUGCAAAUUAACCCCCCAAUUCAAAGGAAAACAUGUAUUAUGUCUUUUAAUUAUUUGAAUCAUAAUGGCAUCACUACUUUAGUAUGAUAGUCGGACAUACACAGGUCACAAAAUCUGACUUAAUGGGUCAAAGUAGGUGCUGUUGAACACUGAACAGCACUUAUCAGGGAUGAAUAAAGUUGGUGCCUAAUGAUGCCUGAGAGCUUACGGACACUCGAGGUUAAAGAGGAGAGAAAUAAGGAUGAGUGAUACUUUUGUUCAUAAAAAUUAGACCCACGGGACAAAUUAUACCGCGUUUGUAUCAAGAUUCAAACAAAGGUAACAUUGCUACAGUAAAUAAUAAUUUUCAAUUUUAAAAUAUUAACUUUUUAUUUCAAAUGUUACCUCAAACAGGUUUUUGUGCUCGCUUCCUCAGUUUAUGAAACAGCCUUGUACUAGUUUGUUGCUGUUUUGCCUGCCAGUAAAAGGAUGUAUCAUCA